AUGAGUAAAGUGACUUUUGAAGAGGCUGUGCAGAAAGCUGUUGAAGAAAAGCUCAAUGACCUGAACGGUGAAGAAGAAGAUGGUGAUGAUGAAAACCCACAAAAGGAAUUGUCUAUUCAAGAAGAAUACCAGUUAUGGAGAAAGAAUUGUCCAGUGAUGUAUGAGUUUGUAUCAGAGACUGCUCUUACAUGGCCUAGUUUGACCGUCCAAUGGCUUCCGGAUCAGGAAAUCACAAGCACAGGGAUUAAUCAACGUUUGAUUUUGGGUACUCAUACUUCUGGUGAAGAUACUGAUUAUUUGAAAAUAGCGUCAACACAAUUACCUAAAAGUUUGCUCGAGAUUAAAUCUGAGAAAGAUAAUGAAGAUGAAGAUACUGCUGAUGUUAAUUCUGUUGAACAAAAACAAGGUGUUAAUGCUAGAUUAAAAGUCACAAAGAAAUAUAAACAUGAAAGUGAAGUGAAUCGUGCUCGUUAUAUGCCACAAGAUCCAAACUUCAUCAGUACAAUUAGUGGCUCAGGUAAAGUUUACGUUUAUAACACCGGCUUAGAGACUAAAGAAGCACCAUUGGUUUUGAAUCAUCAUACUGAAAAUGGUUAUGGUGUUUCAUGGAAUCGUUUCGUUAAAGGACAUUUGUUAACUUCAUCAGAUGAUAAGACCGUUGCACUUUGGGAUAUAAGUAAGCCAGAUGCCCCACAACAUGUUUUAAGAUCUCAUACAGAUAUUGUUAAUGAUGUUCAAUGGCACAAUAGAGAUGGUAAUCUAUUUGGCUCUGUAAGUGAAGAUAAAACAAUUCAUCUAUAUGAUACAAGAUCAUUACCAAAUCCAACCAAUAUAAUUCAACGUCAUGCUGCUGUCAAUACCAUAGCAUUCUCAAAUCACUCAUCUAACCUGUUUUCUGUUGGUUUGGAUGAUUCUACAAUUGAAUUAUUCGAUAUUAGAAACCCUCAACAAAAAUUACACACAAUCAUGGGUCACUCAGAAUCAAUCACCUCAUUGGAAUGGGACCCUCAUAACGAUGGAAUCCUUGCUUCUGGUUCACAAGACAGAAGAGUGAUAUUAUGGGAUAUUAAAAAAAUUGGUGAAGAACAAAUCCAAGAAGAUGAAGACGAUGGUGCUCCUGAAUUAUUCAUGAUGCAUGCUGGUCAUACAUCUGGUAUCACUGAUCUUUCUUUUAAUCCAAACAUUCCAUGGACUUUGGCCACCAGUUCAGAUGACAAUAUUGUCCAUUUAUGGAAGAUUGCAAAGAAGUUGACCAAUGAAUAUUAUGGUGAAGUGGAGGAAGAUAUUGAUUACUUUUCGUUGGAGUAA